AUGGCCUCGUCUACGGCUGUGCCCAGGCAGAACCCUGCCCUUCGACGCACCGUCACCUCUACCACGGCCACCGACUCCGAGUCGUCGGCUGCUGUCUCUCCCUCAGACUCCCCUCGUCCCUCGGCUUCCUCCACCUCGCUCUCCUCUCUGUCUGAGGUGGACAUUGAGAAGCCCAAGUCCGGCUAUGGCCGCCUGAUCGACACGUACGGCAACGAGUUCGAGGUGCCCGACUUCACCAUCAAGGACAUCCACGAUGCCAUCCCCAAGCACUGCUUCAAGCGCUCCGCCCUCAGAGGCUACGGCUACAUCCUCCGCGACAUGGUCCUCCUCGCCACCACAUUCACCAUCUGGCACAACUUUGUGACCCCCGAGUACAUCCCCUCCACCCCCGCCCGUGCUGGUCUCUGGGCCGUCUACACCGUCCUCCAGGGUCUCUUCGGAACUGGUCUCUGGGUCAUUGCUCACGAGUGCGGCCACGGCGCCUUCUCCGAUUCUCGCCUCGUCAACGACAUCACCGGCUGGGUCCUCCACUCGUCCCUGCUCGUCCCCUACUUCAGCUGGCAGAUCUCGCACCGAAAGCACCACAAGGCCACCGGCAACAUGGAGCGUGACAUGGUCUUUGUUCCCCGAACCCGGGAGCAGCAGGCCACCCGUCUCGGCAAGAUGGCCCACGAGCUCGCUCAUCUCACCGAGGAGACCCCCGCCUUCACCCUGCUCAUGCUGGUCCUGCAGCAGCUCGUUGGCUGGCCCAACUACCUCAUGACCAACGUCACUGGCCACAACUUCCACGAGCGCCAGCGCGAGGGUCGCGGCAAGGGCAAGAAGAACGGUCUCGGCGGUGGUGUCAACCACUUCGACCCCCGCAGCCCUCUGUAUGAGAACCGUGAUGCUAAGCUCAUCGUCCUGAGCGAUAUCGGUAUUGGUCUGGUUGCCACUGGUCUGUACUUCCUCGUGCAGAAGUUUGGCUUCUACAACAUGGCCAUCUGGUACUUUGUUCCCUACCUCUGGGUCAACCACUGGCUGGUUGCCAUCACCUUCCUUCAGCACACCGACCCUACCCUCCCUCACUACCACAACGAGGAGUGGAACUUUGUCCGCGGCGCCGCUGCCACCAUCGAUCGUGAGAUGGGCUUCAUCGGCCGACACCUGCUCCACGGUAUCAUCGAGACCCACGUCCUCCACCACUACGUCAGCAGCAUCCCCUUCUACAACGCUGAUGAGGCCACCGAGGCCAUCAAGCCUGUCAUGGGCAAGCACUACCGCUCCGACGUCAAGGACGGCCCCCGUGGCUUCAUCCGUGCCAUGUACAACAGCGCCCGUAUGUGCCAGUGGGUCGAGCCCAGUGCUGAGGCUGAGGGUGCUGGCAAGAACAUUCUCUUCUUCCGCAACCGCAACAACCUGGGCACCAAGCCUGCCAUUAUCGACCCUCCCGCCGCCUAA